AUGAAGUCUUCUUCAGACACGCGCAAGCCCUAUACAGGCCCCAUUCGAUCACUUGUACUGGCUCUAGAUGUUGGCACAACGUUCAGCGGGGUUUCUUAUGCCAUUCUCGAGCCAGGAGAAAUUCCUAAAAUACAUGGUGUUACACGUUUCCCGGGUCAAGAACAUGUCGCAGGCAACUCAAAAAUACCAACAGUCAUGUAUUAUGAUAGUGAAGGAAAGAUGAUGGCAGCUGGAGCAGAAGCCGACACUCCCUCAAUGCUAUCAUUGGCGGAAGAUGAAGCGUGGAUAAAGGUCGAAUUGUUCAAAUUACGGCUCAGGCCUCGUACAAUGAAAUUAAACAUGAACGGAAUGAGAUUAGGGCCUCUGCCUUAUCGCAAAUCUGCUGUGGACGUCUUUGGCGACUUUCUUUCUUAUCUUUUUCUUUGUACCCGCAACUUCAUUCGAGACACUCACGCGAACGGUUUAUCUCUAUGGAACGCCGUUGAACAUGAUAUCCAAUUCGUUUUAUCACAUCCUAAUGGAUGGGAAGGUGCCCAGCAGACCAAGAUGCGCCGCGCUGCCGUAUACGGUGGCCUAAUUCCCGACACUAAUGAGGGAAAAGCUCGGAUACGAUUUGUAACAGAAGGAGAAGCUAGUUUACAUGCCUGUGUCUUGAACGGCUUGGCAGAUGAUGUGCUUUCUGGUUCUCCAAAAUCAGGAUUCCUUGUACUUGAUGCCGGAGGCGGUACCCUGGACAUAAGCUCAUACAGUAUUCGCGCUCAAGCACCUUUGGUAAUUGAAGAAGUGGCACCUCCAGAUUGUGUCUUCGCAGGAUCAGUGUUCGUGAGCAGAAGAGCUCGAGAACUCUUUCGAGAGAAGCUUAAAAACUCCAAGUACGGAACCCCUGAUGCUGUGGAUCAUAUUACCAAGCGCUUCGACGAAACGACUAAGCGUUUAUUCCGUGAUAAAAGAGAUGCCCAAUACAUCCUUUUUGGGUCACCUCUGGACAAAGAUCUUUCGGUCGGCAUAAGGAGUGGUCAAUUAAGGUUGUCCGGCACAGAAGUGGCGGAGCUAUUCGAACCAUCAGUCAAAGCUGCAGUGCAUGCUAUCAAGGCCCAGGUCGAAGCUUCUUCAGGCAUGAUAAAGUCGGUCUUCCUCGUCGGUGGAUACGCCAAUAGCGCAUGGUUAUUCAGCCAGCUACAAGAGAGACUUCAACCGUACCGUGUUGCUGUGAGUCGACCAGACACCCAAACCUCAAAAGCAGUCGCCGAUGGCGCGAUAGGCUUCUACUGCGACCACCAUGUUUCUGCUCGAAUGUCCAAGUUCAUGUACGGGGUAGAAUAUCUUCGCCAAUACGACUCAGCGGAUCCCGAGCAUGUCGAACGAAAAGACAGACUAUGCGAGCUUCCAUCAGGACCUCGACUUCUACCUGACGCAUUUGAUUGUAUAUUGGCACGAGGUGUAAAAGUCAAGGAAUCUACUGUGUUCACGCGGAAGUACUGCACAGAGUUGACAAGUUUGUCAUUGCUCUCCGUAUUUGAGGUUGAAAUCUGGUGCUACAGGGGUGGAAACACUAUACCAAAGUGGAUUAUGAGGCAAGCAGAGGAUUUUUCCACCCUUUGUCUAGUCCGCGCAGAUCUGUCUCCAUUGAGUAGCAGUGCCGAAGCAAAGACGGGUAAGCACGGAAGGGUGUACUGGAACAUAGUGUUUUCUGUCGAGAUUCAUUUUGGGUUGACGGAGUUCAGAGCACGUAUCAAAUGGGUUGACAAUGGCGUAACAAAAUAG